AUCUGGUGCUAACACCCACCGUUGUUCUGACCACAUCAUGUGCCAAUUCGAACUGAAACACUAUGUACAACCGAAGCGCCGGCUUCACACGCCAUCCAGCGGCGACCUGCAAGACGCCGCCGUCGUAUUUGUAUUUCUUGUCGUCCUUGAUCCGGCAAGUCGCUGGAAUGCUUCUUGGCAGGCUGGCAGCCUGCCAGCCGUCGCGAUCCCCUCUGCCUCUUCGGACGGCAUUGAGCGCCACCGACGCCAUACUGCCAAACACGCCAUCUCCUCGCGGACAGCCGCGCCAGCAGUCCAGGCUUGACUUGCGACUCGCCCGCUCGCACCGAUCGCCGCCCACAUAAGCGCAACCGCUUCUCACCUCUUUUGAUCAUCCGCUACUCACUCAUGACGAUCGUGCAGCCUCACCCGCCCACCACAUCUCCUGCGCCCAAAGGCGCGUGCAGGCCCGCCCUCGACCCGGCGGUGUGCACGCUCGACACGAAGGCGCACCCGGCGAUCCUCAAGCGCCUGAUCGCGCUCUCUCCGCACGCGGGUAAGCUCGCGUUCCGCGCCGCGUCGCGCACCUCACGCGACCUCGCGGACGCGGCGCUCUUCGCGCACGCCGUCAUAGUCCAGUGGGGCAGUGCGGGGUGCUACGCGAAGCCGCCGACAUCGCUAUUCGCGCUCCUCUCCCCCGCCGGCGAUGUGCUGCCCGGCAAGCCGCUGGCGGCAAACAAUGCGGCGUGGGCACGCCGCCUCGCCCACACCCGCGUGCUGGACAGCACGGUCCGCCUUCCGAGCUUCCAGUGGGAGACGGUCGUGCACGCCUGGCCGCAGGACUUGGGCCGGCCGCGCGUGCUGCGCCGCCUCGUCGCCGGCGGCCUGUGGCGCGGCGCGCCACCCACCGUCGUCGACCUUGUCGUCCUCUCGCCCCUCUCCCUCGCAUCGUCUCUCGGCCAAGACAUGCUCACCGCUGCACUCACCGCCUCGCCCCGCAAGCACGUCAUCAACGUCCUCGUCGACGCGAGCUACCGCGGCGCAUUCUUCCCCACCGGCUCGGCCGGCGAGGCAUGCCGUAACACCGCCGUCCUCAUCUUUGCUCCCCUGCCGCACGGCGCCCUCCGCCGGCAUCUCACCUACCCCGGCGACGACACGCCGGUGCCCUCGCGCAUUAUGAACCUCACAAGCGCGACUGAGGACAUCUUCGACUCGCUCGCCGCCAUCGUUUCUUCCGGCGUAUACACCUCGUAUCUGUUUGUGGGGCUGCACGAGCUCGACCCACAGCUUCUCGGGCUCGGCGGGGGCGGGGGCGGGGGCGACGGAGGCCUCGAGCUUUUUGCUGGCGUACUCAAGUCCCGCAUCCUCGACGUUGUGCGCGAACGACAUAGCCGCUCGUCUGCGCUUGGACUCGCGCAUGUCUCUGCGGCCUCACUCGAGAACUCGCUCGCCCUGCUCUCACACGCCGAGUAUCGCGCCGCUGUCGGCGAUGGGACUUACACGAUUGAGACGUGGCCCCAGGCCCCGGCGCCCUGGUGGGUAGCGUGAGCGGCGUAGGUUGUGAGUUCCGCCGGGGAGUCAAAAGGUGUGUACGGUCGAGGUCCAUCUGAGGCUCGUAUGUCGGUAGUCGGAAGUUCGCGGGAAGUGCAGUCAAAGAGGAAGAGGAAGAAAUGUACUGUAUGGUGCGAUGGUGA